AUGGUGCAGAUUUGGAAAGAGCUAGAGUACUUUGACAACCAAGCUCUGUUGGCCAUGCAAGAUCUGGAAAAUGGUGUUGUUGUUCCACCUGACUAUGCACGUAUCAACAAAAAGAUAGCUGACAAAUUUUCUUUCAUAAAAGCUGACGAGUGGAAAUUGUGGUGCCUUAUUUACUCUCCUUUUGUUCUGAAGCACAUUCUUCCAGUGAAGCAUCUUUCCAACUGGAUGUUUUUUGUGAAUGCUUGCCGUUUACUCACAGAACCCUCUGUUACUCCUGACCAUAUCCAGUGCCCACGCCCAUCUCCAAUCGUUCUCUUUGAAAAAUAUAAUGGGUUGCUUAAGAAUCUCAACACAAAUCAAAAGAGUAGAUUCGAAGUAACUAUGAUGAAACGUUUCUUGGAAAAGGCCAUCACUCACAGUCAAGUUAUUUUAGAGCAACCUUCUUCAAUAAGCAGCUCGUUUAUAUUGUUCACAUUUAUCAAAUACUCUAUGAAUCCUCGAAAAUCAGUUAUGAGAUGUGAACCUUUGCCAUCAGAUAUGCUGUCAUUCAAGGUCGAGCCAAAAAUUGUCAUGUGCAAAGAGCAUUACGAGUGUUUAUAUCAAUAUUAUAGGGACGCGUACAACAGUCACAAUAUUUUUGGUCACUACUCAGAUUGCUGUGCUGGCCAGAUUUUUGUUAAUAAUCGUAUUAUAAAAGCCAAGCAGAUAUCUCUUCUUGGCCAACAGUAUUUUUCUGGGUCUUACUUUCAAGCCCUUUUUGUCGAAAAGAAAAGUGAAGACAUUUCUGCAUUUCCUGGCCGCAUUUUAUAUCUAUUUCAACACACAUUGAACUUUGGUAACAUUGAUAUUAUUCAUACUUUUGCCUUUGUUGAAUGGUAUGCGAGUUACUUGUCAGGAAAGGUCCAACCACUGAAAAAUGAAAAAAUUGAAUUGUGGCAAGAACCAUCCAGUUUGCUAACUUAUGAGAACAUCAUUCCUGUCCACUGA